AUGUCUUCAAGGUUUAGCUCGAAUCUCCACCAGCGCGACGCCCGUUCCCAGCUUUUCUCUCCCUACGACCAGCGCAAGGCCUCGCCGUCGCCGCACUCGCGCCCCGCGAGCAGGUCGCCCGCUGGCGCCGGCUACGGCUUCCCGGCUGCCAGUAGCGCAGGCCCCGCCUUUUCGGCCUAUCCGGGCGGCUCGAACUCGAACCCCCCGAGUCAGAGCAGCUAUCGGAGCGCAACGCCCAAUACGCGCGGCCAGUACAGCGAUGCCGUGCUGAGCGAGCUGGAGAGCCAGAACGAUGAGGAGCUGAGCGGCAUGAGCGCCAAGGUUCGGAUGCUGAAAGACAUCACAACAGCCAUCGGCGACGAAAUCCGCGAUUCGACCGCGCUCGCCGAGAAGAUGAACGACUCGUUCGAUAACACCCGGGUGCGCCUCCGUGGUACGAUGAACCGCAUGCUCCGCAUGGCCGAGCGCACUGGCGUUGGCUGGAAGGUCUGGGUGGCCUUCUUCGCCGCUGUCAUCCUCCUAUUUUGGUAUGUCUGGCUGUUCUAA